CCUUGAGGCUCAGCAAAUCCUUUCAGAGAAAUAUUUGAAAUAAAAGACAACAGAUAGGGGACGCAGCGAAGGCAGAGAGAGGCAUAAGGGCCAAUAGCCUCGGACAAGGGAAUCAGUACAAUCUGGCCCGUGUUUGCCGAUGAUAAUGCGCCUUUCCAAAGCCCUGAUAGACAUGGAGAUGGCAGAUUAUAGCGCGGCAUUGGACCCGGCGUACACCACUCUGGAGUUUGAGAACAUGCAGGUGCUGGCUAUGGGCAAUGCAGACACAUCUCCGUCGGAAGCAGCCAACCUCAACACCUCCAACAGCAUCGGGGUGAGCGCGCUGUGUGCCAUCUGCGGGGACCGCGCCACGGGGAAGCAUUACGGGGCUUCCAGCUGUGAUGGCUGCAAAGGCUUCUUCAGGAGGAGCGUCAGGAAGAACCACAUGUACUCCUGCAGGUUUAACAGGCAGUGCGUGGUAGACAAAGACAAAAGGAACCAGUGCCGAUACUGCCGGCUUAAGAAGUGCUUCCGAGCAGGAAUGAAGAAAGAAGCUGUACAAAACGAACGGGACCGAAUCAGCACCCGGAGAUCAAGUUAUGAAGACAGCAGCUUGCCCUCCAUCAAUGUCCUACUGCAGGCAGAAGUCCUGGCACAGCAGAUAUCAACCCCAGUUCCUGUGAUGAACGGAGACAUCCGAGGGAAGAAGAUCGCCAACAUCGCUGACGUCUGCGAGUCCAUGAAGCAGCAGCUGCUGGUGCUGGUGGAGUGGGCCAAGUACAUCCCCGCCUUCUGCGAGCUGCCCCUGGAUGACCAGGUGGCACUGCUGCGAGCACAUGCAGGCGAACAUCUGUUACUGGGAGUUGCCAAGAGGUCCAUGGUGUUCAAGGAUGUCUUGCUGCUAGGAAAUGACCAUAUCAUCCCACGGAACUGCCCCGAGCUGGUGGAGGUCAGCCGCGUGGCCAUCCGCAUCCUGGACGAGCUGGUCCUCCCCUUCCAGGAGCUGCAGAUAGAUGAUAACGAAUACGCCUGCUUGAAAGCCAUCAUCUUCUUUGACCCAGAUGCCAAAGGACUGAGUGACCCCUCCAAGAUCAAGCGGAUGCGGUACCAGGUGCAGGUCAGCCUGGAGGACUACAUCAAUGACCGGCAGUACGACUCACGGGGCCGCUUCGGGGAGCUGCUGCUGCUGCUGCCCGUGCUGCAGAGCAUCACCUGGCAGAUGAUAGAGCAGAUCCAGUUUGUUAAGCUCUUCGGCAUGGCUAAGAUCGACAACCUGCUGCAGGAGAUGCUUCUGGGAGGGUCAUCAAGUGAAACGCCGCAUGCUCACCACCCCCUGCACCCUCAUCUGAUCCAGGAGAACCUGGGAACAAACGUCAUUGUGGCCAACACAAUGCCUCCUCAGAUGCACAAUGGGCAGAUGUCAACUCCAGAAACUCCCCAGCCAUCUCCACCCGCGGGCUCAGGGCCAGAGCAGUACAAGCUGCUGCCCGGAGCCAUUGCAACCGUGGCGAAACAGCCCAGCUCCAUCCCACAGCCUGCCAUCACAAAACAGGAGGUCAUUUAGCAAGCUGCAGACCGGCUGGCCUCGUUGAGAAGACCGUGUGGGAGAAAAGCCCGAGCUGCCUCUGUCACUGUGAAAAGAGAAGCCAUCCAGAGGUCCUCGGGCACAAACACACGGACUUGCUUAUUGGACUAGUCCACCACUACCAAAAGCUGUCUUCCUGCAGCUAUGGGCAGCGCACGCCACGGAGAGCCUCGAGUCACAGAACUAAGGUUGAAGCCUUCCUGAAACCCUCAUUCCUCAUAAGAAGGGCCAGAUUUCUGUCUGCCUCCAUUGGGAGGUUUGCAGGGACUGGCUGUGGACAGUGCAGCUGGUUGUUCCCCAUUGCUGCCUCUCUGCGUCGGUUCAGCAUGCACCAGACCCUGUGAACAAGCAAUUCUCCAAACCAAGACACUGUGCUGUGCAAAAGGAGGGCCUCCACCCACAGCCAUGCCAGCUCCCCAGACAGCCCCCAUCCUGCCAGACUUCUCGGAGGUGGCAGCUGCCCUAGGAGCAUUGCUGCAGGUGAAGCACACUGGGGUUUGCCCAGGCAGCACUGAGAGAACGGUUCCUCAGCCUCAGCUCACCCCAAACCUUACCAUGGUCACCUUCCAGCAAACUAAGCUCCCAGCCAGCUCUACCAAACCUUCUCAGCUGAUUCAGGCACACUUGCCCACUGGGAUUUUCCACUAUUUGUAUCCUGCUGCCUUUUGAGGGGUUUUGCUGUUUCCAUGCCAUGGCUGCUGUCCCACCACAGGGCUCAGAGAGGCAGCCAGAUCAUUCCUUUACACUACUGCCUCCUCACCACCCAGCAUGGGAAGCCGGGGAAUGUGGGAUGGGGCCACCCCAGCACAGGCUGUGAGGGUGAGAAUUGCCUGGGCCUCACAGACAGACUCCUGAGUGCCAGGAGUGUUGUAACCCAGGAGUUCAGCUCAGACCCUUUGCUUUAACGCUAAGACAUGCCAUAUGAUCUACGUGUCCAGUUCAGUGACACUCCCUCCUUAGAGUGAGUGGCUGAUAACAGAUUUAUAGGGCUUCACAAUGUGAUAAGAACUCAUUAUGGCUCCUCCAGACCUCAGCAGGUUUGAGAGCAGAGCCUCAAAACACAGUGCUUUGAGUCCCACAGCGAAGACCGACAGAGGCCAGGGAAGGGCCCUGUCCCACCAGAGCCCCUCGGUCUGCCCCAGCCUGCACAGCCUAGCCCCCGUUUCCCUGUGCCUGCCUAUUUCUGUUACUCUCUGAAGCCUGCCAGGGCCGAAACCAUGCAGGUUUGACCUUUGGUUUACAGCUGAAAUCAGGCAAGGAGCCCUCCCGUCGCCUCCGCGGGCACGGCCUCCAGGCCUCUCCUCAGGUUCAGUUUUGGCAGCACCACAGCAGAGGUGCUGAGAAAACCUGGAACGAAUGUUUUUUUGUGAGAGAAGGCCGACAGCAGAUGCACAGCAUCUGUGCCCUGGAAAACCCAGCACAAGGAGAAAGAUCCUGGUUUAGCACUGGGGCAACAGCAGCUCUACCGAACCACAGACUGCGUUCCUGCGGGUCCCGGCUAUGUGGGGUGAUGUGGGCCCUGUGGGGACAUGAAGCUGGUGGAAUCGCAGCAAAAAUGGGGCCUGGGACAGGUCCCCAGCAGGGACGAAUCUGAGCCAGCCACACCAGAGGAGCUGCAGCUCUGUGCCGUGAUCGCCAAUGCAAACAUGGAACACCUCACCUUGCGCCCACGGCGUCAGAAGCGUUGUAUCGUCCCUGAGAGCUGGUGGCAUUAUACUGAGUAAUUUAUUGCAAUGAUGAAUCCAAUCAUUUUCUGUAAAUUAUUUUGUAAAUCACAUUGAUUAUUUAUAAUUGGGAGAUUAAAUGCAAAAAAAAAAAAAAAAAAGAUUAACCAGGCUGUCUUUUCCAACUGCAGCAACCUUUUUCCCCGUAUGUAGAGAUACUCUGUGGGGAAUCACUGUGGUCCAUUUGCACCGAGCAUUCCUCGAUACUGUACAUUAAUUUUUGCUGGUUACUGCCUUCCAAUGGAAACAGAGGAAUAUUUCUUCACUAGAGUUUGUAUUCAUAAAAAAAAAAAAAAAGAAAUAAAUGCCAAAAUAUUUUCUAACUUUUCCCAGACAGAUGGAUUUCUUUCUUCUGGGAAGAUUUAUUCUAAAUUCAGGAGCUCACCUCCCUGUUGGUCUGAGCACAAAGCAUAUGUGUAUUGAGGAAAAAACUAAAAAACAAGUGUUUGAUGUCAUUGCCAGCUAUCACUAUUUCAUGGGGAGCCUAAUGUUAGCUGGUGUCUGUCCUGAAGCCAUGUAUGCUGGAAUCAUAAGGUUGAAUGACAACCCCAAUUUUCAUUAAAACAACCACGAAGAAUAAA